AAGGCACUUGUCAGUUAUCGUAUCUCUAUAUAUAAAUAUGCAUGACUUUCUCCUGUAAUUAAUCUUAUACCACCCACCCCACCCCACCCCACCCAAGAAAAAGGUAGAGAUUUUGUGAGAUGAGCAUCCUUCUAUAGACUAAUUAGUAUAGUUGGUGAUAUUUGAAUUGUGGGAAAAUGGGUCUGAGGGAAAUCGGAGAAACACUGCCACCAGGUUUCAGGUUUUAUCCGAGCGAUGACGAGUUGGUUUGCCAUUAUCUGUACAAGAAGAUUGCUAAUGAACAAGUCCAUAGGGGUACUUUGGUUGAGAUCGAUCUUCAUACAUGUGAGCCAUGGCAGCUCCCUGAUGUGGCGAAGCUGAACUCGAACGAGUGGUACUUCUUUAGCUUCCGUGACCGGAAGUAUGCAACGGGGUUCAGGACGAAUAGGGCUACGACGUCGGGCUACUGGAAGGCGACGGGCAAAGAUCGGGCAGUGCUCGACCCUAGGAGCCGGGCGGUGGUUGGAAUGAGAAAGACUUUGGUUUUUUACAAGAAUAGAGCUCCUAACGGGAUCAAGACGGGGUGGAUCAUGCACGAGUUCCGACUCGAGAACCCUAACGUGCCUCCUAAGGAAGACUGGGUACUAUGCAGAGUAUUUCACAAAUCCAGAUCAUCAUCAUCAAGUGAUCAUCAUCAUCAUCAGAACAGCAAAGAAUCAUCGAUCAUCCCACACAGCACCGAUCUGUACGCUGAUUCCACAGCUGUUGCCACUUCCCCCAAUUUGGCUGCUUCCCCCACAAACAACGACAUCCAACAUGCCUAUCAAAACAUCAUCACUUCUUUUUUCCACACCCAAAACCCCAGCACCUCCCUCGGCCUGACGUCGUCCCCCCUCGACCACCCGGCCGCCUACCUCCACGACUGCAUGCAGCCAGCUCAAAACAGGAUGGUUCUUGAGGCUAAGUGUGAGGAUGACUACGGCUUCUUGUUCGAUUUCGAUGCCUCCAAUGGUGUGCCUUCCAGUCUUGAAGAUAUGGGGUUUGAUGAUGAUCAUCAUCAUGAUAUGUAACAACUAGGGUUUCCUUCGUGAUCUUGGGAUUUGUGGGCUUGAUCAUCAUCGUUUUAUUAAUUUGGUGUAUAUGUAUGUAUAUGUGGAAUUGCAUGUGAGAAUUCAUGUGAUAGCUAGGUGAUAAAGUGUUUGAAUAUUUCAAAAGAAAUUGUUUAGGUGGUAUAUAUUCGAUAGUUAAUUAGGGUUUAUAUUAUAUAUAUAAAACUUUGCGGGAU